GGAUGUCGCCGCCCUCCUCCGGCUGCUCUGCGGCGUGUGAUUGGGUUAAAGUCGGCUCCCCUUUCCCCUCUAACCCCGGUGAUGUUGGCCGCUUCCUGCCUCUUCUGCCCAACUAGUGGUAAGACAGAGAGUGCCGAAGCUCCGGGAAAGCACGAAUCCUGGACGAACGGGUGGCUUUAUUAAGACCCAAAAACCCACGCAUACACACACGAACCCCAUUCAAAGAAACACGAAGCCAUCCGGUGGAGCAGCGCGUCCAGAGCCGCAGCCAUGCGCCGGAAAUCGCGGAUCUUACUCUGCUUCGCGGUGCUCUGGAUCCUCGGAAUAGCGUAUUACUUCUAUUCGGGAACAACGCUCCAUCGGAAGGAUGACUGGAGCGGCUUCAGUUCGAGCAGAUUUCAAGCUCACAGCAACACAGACGGCAGAGCACAGAGUGUGGAAACCCUUCCCCCAGGAAAGGUCAGAUGGCAGGACUUUGAUCAGGAUCUCUAUGUUGGGGCAACAGUGGUGAAACCCGGACAGGAUCCCUACGCUCGAAACAAGUUCAAUCAGGUGGAGAGCGACAAACUGCGAAUGGACCGAGGUGUCCCUGACACCAGACACGACCACUGUCGCCAUAAGCAGUGGAGGACGGACCUGCCGGCAUCCAGUGUGGUGAUCACGUUCCAUAAUGAAGCUCGCUCCGCUUUAUUGCGCACUGUAGUCAGUGUUCUAAAGAAGAGUCCUUCCCAUCUAAUCAAAGAAAUUAUCCUUGUGGACGAUUACAGCGACAACACCGAAGACGGGGCCUUGCUCGGGAAAAUCGAGAAAGUCCGGGUCCUUCGAAACGACAGACGAGAAGGUCUGAUGCGGUCACGUGUUCGAGGAGCAGAUGCAGCCACGGCCAGUGUCCUGACUUUCCUAGACAGCCACUGUGAAUGUAAUGAACACUGGCUGGAGCCUCUACUGGAGAGAGUUGCUGAGGACAAGACACGUGUCGUCUCACCCAUCAUAGAUGUCAUCAACAUGGACAACUUUCAGUACGUGGGAGCGUCUGCGGACCUCAAAGGAGGUUUUGACUGGAAUCUGGUGUUUAAGUGGGACUACAUGACACUGGAGCAGAGACGGGCGAGGCAGGGGAAUCCCAUCGCUCCAAUCAAGACUCCGAUGAUCGCUGGUGGCCUCUUCGUCAUGGACAAAAGCUACUUUGAAGAACUCGGAAAAUAUGACAUGAUGAUGGACGUGUGGGGUGGCGAAAAUCUUGAAAUCUCUUUCCGGGUGUGGCAGUGUGGUGGCAGUCUGGAGAUCAUUCCCUGCAGUCGAGUCGGACAUGUGUUCAGGAAGCAGCAUCCCUACACGUUUCCUGGAGGCAGUGGCACCGUGUUCGCCAGGAACACCAGACGAGCAGCAGAGGUAUGGAUGGACGAUUUCAAGAACUUUUAUUAUGCCGCUGUCCCUUCUGCACGGAAUGUGCCCUACGGCAAUAUUCAGAGCAGGUUGGAAAUGAAGAAGAGGUUAGGAUGCAUGCCAUUUAAGUGGUACCUGGAGAAUGUGUACCCAGAACUCAGGGUCCCAGACCAUCAGGACAUUGCAUUCGGGGCUCUGCAGCAGGGCGGAAAUUGCCUCGACACACUGGGCCACUUAGCCGAUGGUUUGGUGGGAGUCUACGAGUGCCACAACGCAGGCGGUAACCAGGUAGCAUUCAAAUCACAGGAAUGGGCCUUGACUAAAGACAAGUCGGUGAAGCACAUGGAUUUGUGUCUGACGGUGGUGGAGCGCAUGGCAGGCUCUCAGAUCAAACUGCAGGGCUGCAGAGAAAACGACAGCAGACAGAAAUGGGAACAGAUCGAGAACAACACUAAGCUGCGACACGUGGGUAGUAAUCUGUGCCUGGACAGCCGGAGCGCCCGUAACGGAGGCCUGACGGUGGAGGUGUGCAAUCCCUCACUCACACAGCAAUGGAAGUUCACCCUCAACCUCCAGCCCUAGACCCUAACCCCGAGCCCCUACGUCCUGCGCCGUUUGUGGGUCACAGAGCAGCGUUCGGUCUUCGAGACAUCGCCGCCCAGCUGCAGUGGAUCUGCUUGCCCCUAACCCCCCACCCCCGCCCAGGGCUAGGGGGCCGAACAGACAUAAAAAAAAAAAAAACAUUAAAACUCUUUUUUUUUUUUUCAUCCAACUAUAUACCUCACCUUUUUAUUUUAAGUCCAGCUCCUUGAUUAAAAUGCAUAGGCUUUGAGGUAUUUUAUUUUCUUCCUAUUUCUGAUGCCAGCCAAAUGGAUUACAUAUUUUUUUUUGCCCUUCUUUCUUUCUGACUUUCGUUCUUCUUUUCAUUUUUCUUGUUCUAAGGAAUUUUUUUAAUUAAUCAAAGUUUUGUUUCAUGUAACCAAUCAUGUUGAAUGUAAGUGACGCUCCAUGAGAGGCUCCUUUUGGGAUUGGAGGGGGAAAAAUUAGGACCUUUCAUGUUUCGUUCUGCAUUUUUAGCCCAGCACAAUGGUGUGUGUGUAUGUGUGUGUGUGUGUAUAUGGAGAGAAUCUGCAGGCCUCAGUUGAUGUGAACACUGUGUACAGUCUGUUCAACCAACAAACAGAAAAUCAUUAGAGGCCAGCAUUGUCUGUUUCCCCUGCAGCUUCUAACAAAUUGUCAUUCUAUCUAUUUUGCAUCUGGAACGUGCAAUGAAGAAAGAUCUGUUUCCUCUUUGAGCCUCGGGAGUGUUUUGGCCGAGAAACAACAGGACGCCGCGUAGUGCUCUGCGCUACCAUUCAGUGUCUGAUGCCUUUGUCACUAAAGGACAAUAAGAUGUACUUUAGUUUAUUUCCAUAUUCAUCACAUUGUCCGAUUCUGAUUCAAGUCCGAAUUUGUAGCUGCAUCAUAGAAUCAUUCCAUAGACGAGAUGAUGACUGUACCUUUUUACUGUUUUAGUUUCCGUCGCAUUUCUAAAACUUUGUGCAUUCUGUUAGGGUCAGCGUUUGGUCACUGUGAGCACACCGAAUCCAAGUGGCAGGACCUGAUUGCAUUUUGAUCACGGGCUUCCCAAAACAAUAGAUAGGAAGUGGAUUCAGAUGGGGUGAUUUGUGUAUUGCACAUUUGAUGUUUUACUUGAUUUCUUGGUGUUUUUUUUUUUUAUUUUUAUGUUUAUCCUUCAGUUGUUCAGUGACUUUUAGGUUGAUUGCCUUUGACUGUAUCCAUGCUACUGUAAACAGAAAAGGGUACCUGUGCUGUGCAGCUCUCAGUCAGGGCUGGAAGAAGCUGGACCUCAACUGGACUCGGAGAGAGAAAACCCUUAAUGCCGUAGGUGUGUGAGUUUCUCUCUGUUAUACAUCUCCCCCUCUCCAUCAUUUUUAUGCUUUCUUUCAUCACUUAGAUCAUGAUGUUUUUUUAUGGUACUUCACACAGGGCUGUGGUUAGUCUGUAGUAAUGAUACACACAGACUAGUAGAAAGGCUUUGAUUAUAGACGUUGUGUGUCUGAUUAAGCAUAACCUUGUAGCGUAAUUUAUUCUAGAUUUAGGACACAUAAUGAUGCGUCUCGGACAUACUGUAUUCACCGUGUUCACUUUGUUUCCCGAGUAUGUGUUUUUAUUUUUGACUCUACUACAUCACCCUGUACUUGUCCAGCUACAAGGAAUCCUUUCAAGUCCUUAGAAGUGAAUCUGAGGACACCUAAAAUCUAUUCAAAGCCUCGUUGGCUUUGAGUUUAUCAGUGAUCGUCUGGCAUGAGACUGAUGGAGUCCAGGGUAAAAAUCUGACGUGUGUUUUAUUCCUUUGUGUCCAGAAAAGAAAAAAAAAAACGGACAGAAUGCUGUGCUCUGUGUAGACGGGCUUUUUAUUAGAUGGCGAAUGAAAGUAUGCACUUGUCACGUUUCGCUGGUGAAAUACAACUGCCUAUGAUCAUUAUGCCAUCACUAUGCCAACAUUUGAGCAAUUUUGUACGUUCUGGAAAGAAACCUUUAUAUGAUGUCAAAAAAAUAAAAAAGAUCUAGGGCCAAAUUGUGAGAAAUCCAUUGCUUAUGAAUCUGAAUUGGAAUAAAUGUUUACAUGUGCCAAAGUUA